UACCGGUAAAAAAUACAGUAGUAAUUGUUGUAUUAUUGUUUAUACAGAAUAGUUUUUUUAAUAAUUACGAAACUUGUCUUAUAGAGAAACUUAUGCAGAAGCAAUUUAAUAUUCAAAUACUGUCAAAUCAUAAUUUAUAUUAAAAAUAAAUUUCUCAAAAGAAAAAUAAACUAUUCUGCGCAAACGUAACCUUUGAAAGGUCCAAAGUCCACAGAAGUUCAUAAGUUUAUAACAGUUUGUUAUAUUACAUGGCAAGAAGGUCUCUAGUCUUCUUAUUACAUGGGUUGCACAGUAUACCCACAGACUAUUACUGAAUAAAAACUGAAUUUCUUUCAGUAGAAAGAGGCGUUAUUAAAAGUUUGGAAUACACAAUCUUUUAACAUGGCUAUUGUUAUGCGAAAAUUGAUAAGACCUCAAGUCAAUUUCUACUUGAGAAAUCUAUCGUCACAAACGAAACUUGUGGAAGUUGAGCAAAGAGAUUCAGGUAUUGCAGUGGUGUCUAUGAAUAGAGCUCCAGUAAAUAGUUUAAAUUUGGAGCUUUUGACUGAAUUGACGACAACUUUGAACGAUGUUAAGAAACAAAAGGCCAAGGGAAUUAUUAUAACUUCGUCUCUAGCGACUGUCUUUUCGGCAGGACUCGAUAUUAUGGAAAUGUACAAAACCAACGUGGAUCGUUGCACGAAAUUUUGGAAUGCCUUGCAGGAUUAUUGGAUGACACUUUAUGGCUUGGAAAUACGAACUGCCGCUGCUAUAAAUGGAGCAAGUCCAGCUGGUGGAUGUCUUACAGCGAUUGCUUGCGAAUAUCGAGUCAUAGUCGGUGGGAAAAAUAUGAUUGGAUUAAAUGAGACGAAAUUAGGAAUUGUCGCUCCUCAAUGGUUUAAGGAGAAUUAUAUUUCGACCAUUGGCUAUCGAAAAGCAGAACUUGCUCUUCUUAGAGGAACUCUCUUUACACCCGAGGAAGCACUCAACAUAAAUCUUGUCGAUGAAUUAGCGUCCAAUAAAGACGAUGCUAUCGCAAAAUGCGAAAAGUAUAUCAAUAGUUUCGAUAAAAUUCCCGCCGAAGCUGUAGGUGUAACGAAACUUCAAUUAAGAAAUAACUUGAUAUCCUGGCUAAAGAAUAAUCGCCAGAAAGACACGGAGAUCUUUGUUAAUUUUGUAACAUCUCCAAAAGUUCAAGCAGGUCUUGAAAUGUAUCUUCAAUCAUUGAAAAAGAAAUAAUUUAUAUUCUCUAUAUAUUUCUACCAGAAAGAAAUAUUGAAAAUAUAAACUGAUUUUUUCCUUUUCUACAAAA